AUGGAAGCGGUUUGUCAGUUGGUCCCACCACCAGAAGCUGGAGGGGGAUUGCCUUGGGACUGUGAUGGUAGAUUUGGGCGAAUGUGUCCUCGGCGCAUCGCUUUGCGACCCCGAUCAAUCCUUGCUGGGCUUACGUCCGUCAUGCGACGGACAUUGUCAGAGCAGGCCACCAUGAUUUACGAUAAUUCACCAAAACGCGACUACAAGAAAGGUGGCGGCCUUCAAACCUAUCUACUUCUCAUAGUCCAUUUUGGUCCACUUGAUUGUGUGUCUCAGUCUUGCCUUUUUUCGAGAACAUUCUGA